ACAGACAGAACAUUUUCAAAAACUCCUUCAUAGCUCCUUUGUUGGGAAAAAAUGUAAUUAAAAUGUUGACAAACAACAUAUUUAUCAACAAUCAUUGCUGCAAAUCAGAGAGACUCCAUGAAAGAUGACAGAAGAAGUUAUUGUUAUAGCGAAGUGGGAUUAUACUGCCCAACAGGACCAAGAACUUGACAUAAAAAAGAAUGAACGCCUCUGGCUGCUGGAUGAUUCCAAGACAUGGUGGAGGGUAAGAAAUGCAGCCAACAAAACAGGAUAUGUGCCAUCAAAUUAUGUGGAAAGAAAGAACAGCUUGAAGAAAGGCUCCUUGGUUAAAAAUCUAAAAGAUACAUUGGGUUUGGGUAAGACAAAGCGAAAGACCAGCGCUAGAGAUGCCUCGCCAACUCCGAGUACUGAUGCAGAAUACCCAUCCAAUGGUAGCAGUGCUGACAGGAUCUAUGAUCUGAACAUCCCUGCGUACGUUAAAUUUGCCUAUGUGGCAGAGAGGGAGGAUGAACUAUCUCUCGUUAAAGGAUCUCGAGUGAUUGUUAUGGAAAAAUGCAGUGAUGGCUGGUGGAGAGGGAGCUACAAUGGACAUAUUGGCUGGUUUCCUUCAAACUAUGUAGUUGAAGAAGUUGAGGAGGCAACUGCCGAUUCACCAAGUUUUCUAAGUUUGAGAAAAGGGGCGUCCAUGAGUAAUGGCCAGGCCAUGAAAAUACUUCACAUUGUUCAGACUUUGUAUCCAUUCAGUUCUGUCACUGAAGAAGAGCUCAAUUUUGAAAAAGGUGAAACUAUGGAAGUGAUAGAGAAACCUGAAAAUGACCCAGAAUGGUGGAAAUGUAAAAAUUCUCGAGGGCAAAUUGGUCUUGUUCCCAAAAACUAUGUAGUAAUCUUAAGUGAUGGUCCUACCAUUAAUACUUCCCACCCUCCUCAGAUAAGCUACACAGGGCCCUCUUCUACAGGACGGUUUGCAGGAAAAGAAUGGUAUUAUGGAAACGUUACUCGACAUCAGGCAGAAUGUGCGUUGAAUGAAAGGGGAGUGGAAGGUGACUUCCUUGUCAGAGACAGUGAAUCUUCGCCCAGUGACUUUUCAGUAUCUCUAAAGGCUUCAGGGAAGAACAAACAUUUCAAGGUGCAGCUGGUGGACAAUGUCUAUUGCAUCGGGCAGCGUCGAUUUAAUACUAUGGAUGAGUUGGUGGAACACUACAAAAAGGCUCCUAUCUUCACCAGCGAGCACGGGGAGAAGUUAUAUCUCGUCAAAGCACUUCAGUGACGUUGAAGACGGACUAGGCCUGCUGGGGCCUUUUGUAACUUAAAAGCCUUAGGUCCUCAAUCACUUUUAUAGAGCAGAGCACUCCACACCAGACACAAAUGUCAGUGAAUGGUCUCUUUCUGAGUAUUUGCUCUGUUGGUUAUAUUCUCUUUUUCUCCUAGCUUUUCUCUUUCCCCAUUUUUGCCUAUUAGUCUUUUUAAAAAUUAAGUUGUUUUGAAUCCCCUCAGGUUGAAAAUUUCACUUAGGUGGCCAUUGUAAGCUCUCGUUUUAUUUCCUGGGUUCUUAACUCUUUUAUGUACGUUUACAGAGUUAAUCGAGAUAAAGGAGGGGUGCUCUCAAGUUAAAACAGUGUUAUCAGAUGGCUCCUGAUGGCAGAAAUCAUCAUUGAGAGACUGGGCACAGUUUAAUGCACUGAACCUGCAGCUAACUAAGUGAAAUAAUAGUAGACAUAACAGUUGUGGCUGUGAGUUCUGUAGCUAUUUUGCUUACCAAGUAGUAUAUUUCUGAAAUUCCUAGUUUCUAGAAGCACUCUUCCCACACCCUACUUCAACUAUUACAUUGCUUCUUUGACUCUUUGUGAAGAGUACACUAACUAAAGCAUUUUGUAAUAGUUCUUCUUAAACUACUACGGUAAGAUUGUAGUAAAGAAAACUAUCUAGCGUAUUUUGACAUGUAAUUUCAACCGAGAUGUUUCAUUGAAAGUUGAUUACUUAGAGAAUCAUUGAAUUGUAAUGGUUGAAUGUUUUGGUAUCUACAACCAAAUGUGCCAUCCACAUAAUGCUUUCUCUUCUUGCCCUUCUGCUUGUUUGAAUUAAACAGUUAUGUAUUUAAUUCUUAAAGUAAUAUGUAUGUGUAGCCGAUUGACACUAAUACAGAAGUUUAAUAAACAUAGCUAAUUAUGGGUGGGUGGGGCUUCCAGCACAUACAUACAUACGUACAUACAUACAUACUUAUAUAUAUAUUUGCAUUACAGAAAAAAAAUCAGGGUUUACAGAAGGUGGUGUGAUUGGUAGUAAGACACACAGAAUGUUAUAUGAAGAAAAUGCAUUUGUUUUUUGUGUUUCUUUUAACCUUCUUAUGGUUUUAAAUAUAGUAUUGAUGGCACAUUCCUGAAAAUAUUAAAAGAAAAAAAAAGGACCUU